AUGCGGAGCUCAGGAGGUCGACACGCCGUUGCUCAGUUUGACCGUACAGCUGACCGUGUUGUUAGAGCAAUCGAGCUGAGCAAACAAGAGUUCGAGGCCAAUCAGGCUCCAUCCCGCGCCACCGAAGUUAUCGCCGUGGACGCCAACGAUGUAGAUGUUGAAGAAGCACGCUUCAAAGCUGAUAUGCUGCGGGCCAUCAAGGAGUCUGAACAACUAGAAGCAGCUAAGGCAGCCUCUCUCAGCAAUGUGCAAGGACCAGCUCCAUCUGCACCAACACCAGCGGCCCAAGCUGGCCCAUCGUUUCUCUCUGAGCGAGCUCAGAUGGAGAAAGAACGGCUAGAACGUCUGAAAAGACGCCGUCCAGAUCUCCACCAACAAGCCAACACGGUUGUCAUCGACGACGACUCCGACAACGAAGAGCAAAACCGCGGUGCGAAAAGGCAGCACAUCUCAUCGUCCUCUUCUUCUGGGACGCGUCGUGCCAAUACGUAUGCUUCUACUUCGUCUAGUACCGCUGCUACGGCCUCGUCGAGCAGGAGCGCAAGUAGGCCUGCUGCCGCAGCAACCAGGCAGGGCCAGGAAAUCUUCUGGGAUGGCGAGCUGCGGCAGACGGCUAACAAGUACGUCAUCCCGGCCCAGGACAAUCGGCCUCUGUUCAGACUUAGCGAGAUUCUCACCCUGAAAGAAGACAUCGAAUUUGCGAUCAUUUCAGCGUACUGCUGGGACUACAAGUUCGUGUACCAGUUGAUGGACCGCCGUACGCCUGUUAUCGCGGUGGACCAUAGCCCGACAGGCGAAGCAUCUAUCAAGGCUAUCCUACCUAAUUGGAUCCGGACGACGCCAUUCUUACGUGGGGGCUUCGGCUGCAUGCACAUGAAGUUCAUGCUGCUAUUCUUUCGUACGGGCAGACUACGUAUCGUGGUGUCUACGGCAAAUCUUGUGGAGUACGACUGGCGUGACAUCGAGAAUACUGUUUGGGUGCAAGACGUGCCAAAACGCCCCUCGCCCGAGCCGGCGGACCCCAAAGUCGAAGACUUUGCCUCCGCGCUAGUCCGCAUGCUUCACGGGGUCAACGUCGCACCCGCUCUCGUCAACCACCUCAAGAACGAGUACCCUAACCUCCCACUCCAACGCCUCGAAGAGCUCCGCACGCACUGGGACUUUUCCCGCGUCAAAGCGCGUCUCAUUCCCUCCAUCGCAGGCAAGCACGAGGGCUGGCCGAAGGUCAUCCUCACCGGCCACACCUGCCUCAUGAAGUCGCUCAAGGACAUUGGCGCGGAGACGCCCAAGGACAAGGACCUCGUGCUGGAGUGCCAGGGGUCGUCGGUCGGGGCGUACACCACGGCAUGGCUGAAUGAGUUCUACUGCUCCGCGCGGGGCGAGUCCGCGCAGACAUGGCUGGACGGGCCGAAGUCGCGCAGGGCGAAGCUGCCGUUGCCCCCAAUCAAGAUAUUGUUCCCGACGGCGCAGUACGUGCGCGACAGCGUGCUGGGGGAGGUGGGCGGCGGGACGAUGUUCUGUAGGCGGAAGCAGUGGGAGGGGAAGAACUUCCCGCGUGAGCUGUUCCACCAGACGAGGAGCAAGCGCGGGCGCGUGCUCAUGCACUCGAAGAUGGUGCUUGGGACCUUUCGCGACAAGCGUCGGAAACAGCAGACGUUGACGGACAGUGAGGACGAAGCCGAAGACGGCAGAAACGCUGAUAGUGGUAGCCGGGAUCGGCAGCAGCUCGCGGGAUGGGUGUACGUGGGCUCGCACAACUUCACGCCGUCCGCGUGGGGAACGCUCACGGGUUCCGCGUUCAAUCCGACGCUGAACAUCACGAACUACGAGCUCGGUGUACUCAUCCCACUACACAGUCAGCAGGAGAUUGACAGCGUUGCGUGCUGGGAGCGCCCGCCGCAGAAGUAUGUCAUCGGUCGCGACGAGCCUUGGAUCCAAUCGGAAUCGCCAGCUUUCGUAGAGGAUGUUUAGAUUGUAACCAAGAUUGUGUGCAAGACUAGACAGCGCUCUCUCGCAGGUAUUUCA